AUGGCGUCUCUUCGACAGUCGGCCUCGGCUGCCUCGGUCGUGUGCAAACAGACUGCCAACUGCCGCCUGGCGUCGUCCGUGGCUUCCGUGCAGAUGCGGAGUCCGCUUUCUUCGUUAUCUUCCGUCUCACAUCGUGCACUCUGUAAGUUUGAGUCUUGCUUUCAUUUCCCCUCUGUUGCUCCUCGCUCUCUAUUCUCUCUGCGCCCUAGCUCCUCCCAGAUUACUCUCUCCAGUCGCCAAACCCGCACGUUCCUGACACAACUGCGCCGUCAAGCACAAGCUCUGAAAGAGCAACCCAUCUCAUCCUCCACACCCUUGCCCAAGCAGGCUAAACAACCUCAGUCGGCGCUUCAACUGAAUAAUCUCCCAUACUUUGUUCGCCGCACUGGUUCCAACCAGCUGCCUGUCUACCUUGUUACAAAAGCAGGUGGAACCAAGCAGCUCACCAAGAUUCAGAAGACAGAGGGAGAUUUGGAUGCUCUGCGCAGUGACCUGGCUCUUACCCUCGGAAUUGACACACGGAGUCCCGAUGUUUCUAUUAACAGGCUGAACGGGCAUAUCAUUGUCAAGGGCUGGCGGAAACCUGAGAUUGUAAAAUUUCUCCAGGAACGCAACUUUUAA